AUAUUCUAGCGCCCAUUUUUGCGAGGUUAAAAUAAAAUUCGCAAGCCGGCUGCAACUGCAAAGUACAGUGCCAUUUAAAUAUUUAAUAGUUCCACUUAAAAGCAGCCGCCAUCAUGUCCUUUUCCACCUUUAACUUCGCCAGCAUGGCCGCUCAAGUGGGCCAGGAGCAGGGAAUUUCAUUCCAGGACAAGGCGCUGACCUGGGACACAGCUGCCGAUGUCCAGGAUGUGGUGGAUGCCCUCAACAAGCAGACUACCGUGCACUAUCUGAAUCUGGACGGGAACACCCUAGGCGUGGAGGCGGCCAAGGCGAUUGGUGAGGGUCUGAAGCGUCAUCCCGAGUUCAGAAAGGCGCUGUGGAAGAACCUGUUUACUCGUCGUCUCAAAAACGAGAUUCCGGAGGCCCUUAAACACUUGGGAGCCGCGCUGAAUGUGGCGGGCGCUAAGCUGACUGUCCUGGAUCUCAGCGACAAUGCCUUGGGACCGAAUGGCAUGCGCGGCUUGGAGGAGUUCCUGCGGUCCCCGGUCUGCUACUCACUGCAGGAGCUGCUUCUGUACAAUUGUGGCCUGGGUCCCGAGGGCGGUAGAAUGCUGUCCAAGGCCCUGAUCGAUCUGCAUGCCAAUGCCAAUAAAGCGGGCUUUCCGCUUCAGCUGCGUGUUUUUAUAGGCUCACGUAAUCGCCUCGAGAAUACCGGUGCUAUGGCCCUGGCAGCCGCAUUCAAAACCCUCAAGACCUUCGAGGAGAUUGUUUUGGAGCAAAACUCAAUUUACUUCGACGGCGUCGAGGCCCUGUCCGAAUCAUUCAAAGAGAACCCCCAUCUGCGAGUGCUGAACAUGAACGAUAAUACUGUAAAGUCCCAGGGAGCGGAAAAAAUAGCAGAGGUUCUUCCCUACCUGCCCAUGCUUCGUGAAUUGAGCUUGGGAGACUGCCUGAUCAAAACCAAUGGCGCCUACCACUUCGGUGAGGUUCUGGAGAGCGCCAACGAUCAACUGGAAGUUGUUAACUUAAGUUUUAAUGAAAUCAACAGCGACGGCGGCUUGGUGUUGGUGAACGCUAUGCGAAAGAAAUCCAAGCUGCGCAUCUUGAACCUAGAUGGCAAUAGCUUUGGCCUUGAAGGCAGCGAGCAGAUAAUCCACGAGAUGAAUAAGUUGCCAACUGCUGCCGCACUGCAACCGUUUGAGGAAAUAAACUCCGAAAACGACGACGAUUCGGGAGAUGAGGACGAGGCUGAAGACCAGGACGAAGAUUACGAUGACGAAGAGGACUACGACGAGCACGAGCACGCUAACGAUACUACCGAAGAGGCAGACGAGGAUGACGAGGAGUAUAACAACGAGGCGGAGGAUACUGCCUAUAUCACCACGAAUGCCUACACGACCAAGCUCUUUAACGACACCACCAACUCGAUGGCCAGCAAUACUUUUGCAGUCGCAAACAAGACGAUCAGCCAAAAAUGCACUCCGGAGAAGUUCUGUUUGAGCCAAACACCCUGUUCCCAGGAAGAUUUCGAUUCGCUAGAUGAGGAUAACAAGCUUGAGGCUUUGCAGUCGAUUGUCAACCAAUUCACCGGCGACAACCAUUUGCUGCUGCUCGUCUUCACCACCUUGAAGUGCGCGCAUUUGUCUCAAUCCUCGAAAGCUGCGUUGGAUCUGGCCAUUUCCUUGUACCAGGCCACGUUUGACUACGCCAUUAAGACGAAGCAGGAGACCCGUGUGCUCAACUAUGUUCUGAUGCAGCUUCGUUUGUUGCACUGCGACCAGACAUUCAAUUCGGACUACGAUGUCAAGAGUUGUCGAUUUGCCCUGCGCGAGGCUCUCAAGCAACCAACGUUUGCCAACGACAACAUUAAGAAUUCCUUUAAGACUUUCCUUGAGAGUGUUGAAUUGUAAAGAGAAUUAAGAGAUAUGUGUAUCUUUGGAGAAUAAAAACGUAUUAUUCAUAUCCGAUA